AGAGUGACAAGGUGGCUGAACCAAGAAAAGAAAAGUAAAGGAGAGAAAGAACUAAAUAGAAGAAGCAUUUCAUUCGGACUAAAAUCUCCUUCUUCACUUUUACCUUCAGGCUUCAUCAGACAGCUCUUCGAAAGACAUUUUUAAACUCAGUGUUAAUUGUUGCAGAAUUUGAAAAAGGCAAAAAUGAUGAGCAGCAGAGUCAUCGUCACUUCUAUUGUGGUGCUCCUCGCCUUCCUGGCCGCAAGUGAAGGGAGUCUGGGAGUGGAGCUGCACUGCCGCUGCAUCCAGACAGAGAGCAAACGCAUCGGCCGUCACAUCGAGAAAGUGGAGCUGAUUCCUGCCAACUCCCAUUGUGACGAGACAGAGAUCAUUGCCACUCUGAAAAACACAGGCCAAGAGGUUUGCCUGAACCCCAAAGCUCCCUGGGUGCAGAAAGUGAUUAAGAAGAUCAUGUCCAACAAAAGACGCUGAACAGACCGGGAGAAAUGUGCUUCAUGAGUCUGAGAUGUUUAAAGACAAAUGAAGAGUUACCAAAAAGUGUUUUUUGCCAUCGCACUGAUCUCAGUUUACCGCAAGAUGAUCACUUAAUGUCAUAAAGUAUUAAAUUACAAAAAGUUUGUUUGUAUCAAACAUGUAUGCUUGUGUGUAUGGCACGUCUGUGUGUUGUAGCCAAAUGCUCUCUGAUGUCUCUUGGCUGCUCCUGUAGUUUGUAAAACUGCAUAACUUUUGUCUUAUCUAUAACUUAUGUUCAAAACUUAUUUAUUUAUGUAUUUUUUGGAAAGUUAAUGUAUUUUUACAACCUAUUGAUUAAAUUAAAUGUUUUACAUGAAAUUGAAAAUGAAA